GUAUUUUCAUUUAAAAUGUGUAUAAACUCCACCGAAAACACUUGUUUUGGUUUUAAUUCAACAAUUUAAUAUAAGAAUUGUAAUUAUUUACCUGCAAUAAAUCGUUAAAGUGAUAAUUGCAACUUAAUUAAGAGCAAACAAGGACUUAUAUGAGUAUAGUUAGAGAAACCAGAACUUAAAUCCAACAACAAGCCGGCUUUUGCAGCACGUGGAGCACGUGGAAAAGAUUGUUUAUUCUAGAAUCUUUGGGAUUUCAUCACAAGGACAUUUGUGAUAAUGGUUGCCGAGGCUUUCAGUGAAUUUUACAUAUGCAACUUUAAUGAUCAAGUGGCUGCAGAGGAUCUGCCCGCCGAUGAAGCACUGCGUCAGCUGUGGACUCGCCAGGACCUGUGGACAGUGGAGGAUCUGCGAGAGAUCCUUCAACGCUGGCGGGAUAAUGGAAAAACAAACCUAAGGGACUUUCUUUGCCUUAUCUUUGCCUUUGUUCAGAAUAACUUCACUGGACCGUUCGACAAGGCAGUCGAAUGCCAGCUAAGCCUCGACCUGGAACUAGAUGCAUCGGAGAAGCUAAAGGCCAGUGGCGAGGAGCUCAAUCCCAAUGUUAAGACAGCAGAACUCCUGCUGAUGGCCCGGGAAAUACUUGAUGGAUUGCAACAAACACAUCCCAACUCAAUGGUCUUGACCUGGUGGCGCUUGCGGCUGAUCUGUCUGCACCAACAUGUCCUGGACGACCUGGCGGCUGAGCUGUACGAGCAAUUUAAAAAGGCAGCUGUGCUGCUUCAGUCCCAAAUAGAUCAGUUCGAAAGCAGGGAGCUGCAAGCUCUGCUGCUGCUGGAGCUGGCCAACGGUUAUCUGCAGUUCCACCGCUCCGACACGGCCUCCCAGCUGCUGGAUCAGCUCUGCACACACCUGCAAGUGGAACUCAAGGUCGAGGGUUUACUGGGUGUGCGCACCAAGUUCCAGCAGAAGGCUCUCCCGCAGCUCUGCCUUAAAGUGGAGCAGCUGAAGGAACGGGAAGUCCUGACUCCUGCCACCAAGACGAAUGAGAAGACACAGCUACCUAAGUUGCUGCUCUUGGAAGAUGACACGAGAUUGGAACGGAUACGCUUUGUUGAGCCGAAGGACAAUGAAGUGAUGACACUGCCCAGCGUGCUGCAAGCUCUUGUGCUGGCCAAGGUAAAACAACUGAAACGUUCACAACCCAAGGAUCGCUUGGCGGACGAGCAGCUGGAGCCUUAUACCCAAACGCUCCUUUACCAAGAGCACGGACCGCUCCAAGUACGCCAGGCAGCCCUUCUCCUAAACUGCCUGCAGGAAUCGGGACAGCGCAGAACAGUUGAACGAAGUUGGAAGCAGUGCGAAGAGUGCGUAAAGCUACUAGACCGCUCCGAAGAGGAACUAUCCCUUCGUUCUAGGCUUUCAUAUGGCUUCGCCGCCCAUCUGCAGCCCAAGUGGCAAGUGCAGCUGCAACUGGUGGACCUACUACGCUCCCUGGGCAUGACCAAGACCGCGCUGGAUAUUUGCCUGAAGAUUCACGCCUGGCAGCAGGUCAUCGAGUGUUACACCAGUCUGGAGUUGCGGCAUAAGGCGGCGGAAAUCAUCCGGCAGGAGCUGGAGAAAAAGCCAACGGCUUUGCUAUACUGUCUUCUCGGCGACGCAAUCGAUGAUCCGCAGUGCUACGAGCAGGCCUGGAUCUACUCCAAAAAGACCAGCGGAAAGGCCAAAGCCUAUUGGGGCAAUUACUUCUACAGAAGGGCAGAAUACGAGCAGGCUAUGGAGCAUUUUGAGGUGUCAUUGGAGAUCAACACGCUGCAGGAGGCGAUCUUGCUGCGAUGCGGAUACUGCGCCAUUCAGCUAGAGCGAUGGGAGGCUGCCGUUAAAUGGUAUCUAGCCUACACCCACCUGGAACCGAACGGAUUUGAGUCCUGGAACAAUCUAGCCAAGGCUCUGAUUAAGUUGGGCGACAAACAACGAGCCCAUCGCGUCCUAGGCGAAGCCCUCAAGUGCAACUACAGCAACUGGAAGGUGUGGGAGAAUUACAUGCUGGUAGCCGUGGAUACGUCUCACUGGGAGGAUGCCAUGCGAGCAUAUCAGCGUCUGACGGAGCUAAAGCAGCACUACCUCGACCAGGAAGUGCUCACCCGAAUUGUCUACGGCAUUUCCAAGGAGGAUCCUGCGGGUUCUAGUGCGCUUAUCAAACGUCUCGUCAAGCUGCUGGGAUUGCAGAGCAUUCAGCAUGGAAAUGAGCCUCUUGUUUGGGAACUGGCUGCCUUAGUGGCUUCAACGCCACUGAAAAAAGCCGAGAAGCUUGUCAAAUCAUAUCGGGCUUACACACCCAAGCAUUUGGGUUGGGAAACUAAAUCGGAGCAUGCCCUAAAGGCUCUUGAUCUCUGCCUGGAGGUCGCAGAACUAUCAAUGGCGGCUAUUAAAGAGCACAACGAGGAUGAGAGUGAGGUGAUGAUUACAUCGCAGCUGAAUUCCGCCAGAUUGGCGGGCACAUCAUGUCUAAAUGCUUUGAAAAAGGUUAUCAACGUGGAAGUGCCGGAGGAGCAGACGCAGAAGGUGGAAGAGCUGGAAAAACAGAUCGCAGAUCUAACCAAAAUAGUUCAAGAGCGAAUGAGUGCGCCGCGUUCGUAGUUCUAAACUACAAUCGACAUUUUUUCGAUUUCAUUAAAUGAUUUUUUAA